AAAACCGAAAGAAGCGCGGACCACGCCCGUGAGGGUAUAUGGGACGGUAAAAUGGCGGACGAAGAGGGGAAGAGGGCCGUGAAAAGGAUGAAAAAAGAGGGGAGUUCUAAGAUUUUAAGAGAGACGGAUAUAAGUGACGAGUUACUGGCAACCAUCCCGGUGAAGGAUCUAAAUAAUUUGCUGCGUGGUUUGCCAGAGGACGACGUAUUUAAGCUAAAACAACGUAGAAGAACGCUAAAGAACCGGGGCUAUGCGCAGAACAGCCGAACGAAACGUGUGCGCCAACGAGAAGAUUUGGAAUACGAGAGGCAGCAGUUAAAAGACGAGCUAUUCAUGGUUUCUAAGGAGAAUGAGGAUUUAAGAAGAGAAAGAGAUGAAGCAAAAAGGAAAUACGAUUCCUUGCAGAAACUUUUAACAAGCAGAACGAAACAGAUUGCAAGCCAAACGUGGUCUGGAGUCGUAUCUACAGAGAUCGACGAUCAAAUUGAUGUCGUUGGAGUUGAAGAGAGUGAGCGUGCUGCCAGAGAGACUAAAACUUUACAUGAAAAUGGAUCCGAAAAGCCAAGUAAUCAAAGAGAGGAUAAGGAAAUUCAGGUGGAUGAUGGAAGCAACGAAUCGCGCUAAAAUCGCCGCGAUUGUACAGGUUGUACAAGGAAGCUCCGCUUUGUUUACAUCUCUUCGCGUCGCGGUGCGUCUAACACAGAAAAAAUAAUGCUACGAUUUAGUGAUGAAUUGCUAUGGAAUCUAGAUAUUAACGUCCUAUAGUAAGUAUUUGAACGUUUUGGUUGGUAAAUAUAUGAACAAGAAACUGGAAAAUUGGGUAAAUUGGUCGUAGUAAACCCGGAAAGCUCAAGCGUGAAACGUAUAUAUCACAGAUGUGUUAUUGUCGUAGAGUAUUCAUUCAUGGUUCGGUCGAACUCAUUAUCGUAAAUAAUUCUAGCAGAUAUUUGUACGGAUUGUAUUUUAGCAGGAUUAUAUAUUUUAAAGAAAACAGUUAAAUUUUCUUUGUACAUAGGUGUUUUAAUGGUAUUUUACCACAUUGAAUUCGCGUAAAUAUCACUGAGUUUUGGUGUCUUGUACCAAUUCCUAGUAGUAGAACUAGCCUAUUCAUUGAAUCAAUGACUCGAGUAAACAACUUCCCCUUUCUUCUAAAACAUUAGAGGUAAGGCAUAGAAAGUGUUCAACCCAAGGGUGCAAAAGUGUUAUUCCUUUUAUGUGGAAAUAGAAUUGUAAUUUGAACAUCAAAUAGUAAAAUAUCAAUGGAAUUCGUC